AUGGGGAAACAUGGCAGAUUCUUCCAGGCGGCAAUUCGCGAAACCGAAGAAGAGGCAGGCGUGCACAUUCGACUCACUGGAAUUCUGAGCGUGCAGCACUCGCCGCGGCACGGCUACGACCGCAUGAGAGUCAUCUUUCUUGGAGAACCUAUUGAUCCGAAUGAGCCGCCGAAAUCCAUUCCCGACAAGGAAUCCGAUCGCGCUGAGUGGGUCUCGUUGGCCGACCUCGCCACCCGUAAACUGCGCGGAUCAGAGCCACAAACCUGGUUUUCAUAUGUAACUCAAGGCCGACAUGUUGCACCACUCGACAUGCUCGGACCAGAGCGUUGA